AUGACGCCGCUGAUUGCGGCCGCGGGCCGCGGCAACUUUGAGAUUGUGCAGCUGCUGGCGCACAAGGGCCACGCGAUCAACGCCGUCGACGCCAACGGCAACACAGCCCUGCACUGGACGUGCAUGGGCCAGAGCCAAGACGCGCCCGAGAUCGUCGCCUUGCUCUACCAGCGCGUACGCCACAUCAGACGAAGGUCCUGCUCCACGCAACAUGUGUAUAGGGCGCCCAAAGCCCAUUCCCAACCACGCCCGGCGACCUCCCCUUUGCACGCGGAAGCAGCCCACUGCGAUCCGAAAAAGCCGUGGCCGUCACCCGUCGGAGCGUUCCUCUCCGAGAGCUUCCCAGACACCGUGGCGGCGACCAACCGUCGCGGCUUGACGGCUGCGGCUCUGUACGCGCGCAGUGACGACGGUGUCGACGAAGAUGAUGCCGUCGACGAACCACCUGUGGCGACGAAAUCCAAGGGCAAGAAGCAACCGCCCGUGCGGAACUUGGCGGAAGAGAAGAAGCUGGCGGAGAACGCGCAGAUCGCCCGCGCCGCGGCGAUUGCUCGGACGAAGAAGCGAUGGACGCGCCAGGUCCAGGAAGAGCCCGAAGAGACCGAAGCGACGGAAGAGGAGCAGGCGGCGGCGGCGCAGGUCGCGAUCGAGAACACGACGAGCCCAUUGACGAUGGCCAUCAUCGUGGCGGUCAUUGUCGGUUUCUUUGCCGUCCUGUACGCGGUGCUCGACAACAUGGCCAAGCCGGCCAAGUAG